UAACAAGGUAAAGUAUGCUGUUGUGCUAGUAGUAGUGAUCUGUGUAACGUCUGUGUCGGUCGUUUAUUUCGCUAAAUUAAUGGCUUUAGAAUGUCGUCAACUGUUUCUGAGCAAGAGAAUAGUUACCGAAGACGAAAUUAUCAAUGGCGGCGUGUUGGUCGACGGUAAAGGUGUUAUAGAAAAAAUUUUGAGCAGAGAAGAAGCGGACAAACUUCUGGCUGAAGAAGAUGGGAAGAUCAAGGUGAUUGACGGGGGUGACGCAGCAUUGCUGGCUGGAGUGGUGGACUCGCAUGUGCACGUGAACGAGCCAGGCCGCACCGCGUGGGAGGGGUACCGCACCGCCACCAGCGCUGCCGCGGCCGGCGGCAUCACCACCAUUGUCGACAUGCCCCUAAAUUCCAUCCCACCAACGACCAAUUUGAAAAAUCUCAAAACCAAAGUGGCAUCUGCCAAGGACAACGUUUACGUCGACGUUGGUUUUUGGGGUGGCGUCAUUGCAGGAAACCAGGAUUCCCUACAAGAACUAGUAACAGCUGGUGUGGUGGGGUUCAAAUGUUUCCUGUGCCCAAGUGGCGUGGACGAGUUUCCUCACGUAGAAUCCGAAGAUUUGGAGAAGGCGUUUGCGGCGCUUGAAGGGACCGGAUCACUUUUAGCGUUCCAUGCUGAGGUAGAAGAAGAAAAUGUAUCAACCAAAACUAAAAAGAGAAGGAAGGACCCAGAAGAAUACCGCACUUACUUAGAAUCGCGGCCUGCCAGUAUGGAACAGAACGCAAUCUCCCUUAUAACGAGUUUCCUUGACAAGACAGACGUACGCGUGCACGUCGUACACGUGUCUGCUUCAAACGUGGUGCCAAUGUUGGUGGAGGCUCGCAAGAAGCGAGAGGCGCGCGGCCACCAGGGCUGGCGGGGCGGCGUCACCGCGGAGACCUGCCACCACUACCUCACCCUGAGCGCUGAGGAGGUGCCCCGCGGACACAGCGAGUACAAGUGCGCGCCGCCGAUUAGAGACGAAGGGAAUAAGGAGAAACUAUGGCAGUAUUUGCUAGAAGAUAAACUGGACAUGGUAGUUUCAGACCACUCACCGUGUACCCCUGAUUUGAAGUGUAAAAAUAAUUUGGAAGCUUGGGGUGGUAUUUCAUCAGUCCAAUUUGGUUUAUCGCUGUUCUGGACAAACAUAAGUGCCAGGGGUCUUGACCUGAAGACAAUCAGCAAGUAUUUGUCUUCGGCUCCCGCUCAUCUGUGCGGUCUGCAGGACAAAAAGGGAGCGCUGAAGCCUGGCUGUGACGCUGACCUGGUCUUCUUCGAUCCUGAUGACACCUUCACCGUAACCACCAACAUUAUAAGACAUAAGAACAAGCUAACUCCCUACUUGGAUAAAGAGCUGAGAGGCGUAGUGAAAAAGACCUACCUACGAGGACAGCUAAUUUACGACAACGGUCAAGUGCUGGACGAGCCUAAGGGAUUACUACUAAUAAACGAUAUAGAUAAAUAAGUAGAGAAUUAAAUAAAUGAAUGUACAUUAUUUAAUGUGUUUUUUUUUCGUAAUUAAUGCAAUAGCAUAAUGAUAUAUCGCCUCGGAUCCAGCUCACGAAUCAAAAACGGCAUCCAUACACUCUGCCACCCUCUUACAUUUCUUUUGCGAAGUUUCUUUGCGUGGGUGGAUGUUAGUUUCCCGUCCAUCCGUAGCCAGAGUGGACGUAGGUGUUUUUAAGGGCAUUGUACUUAAUAUCAAAAAAAUGGGUGCGUGUACUUA